AUCAACGAUCCAGAUAAGUCAACAGUCGGCACAUUUCUCGGGACGUAUGGAAUGGUGAAAACUCGACACCGUAUUGUGCCGUUCCCCAUCAAAGUCGGUCAGAAUUUCGAAUAUUCUUUUCGCAUAUCCGCCGUCGGAUCAGAUUCCCCGGUGUCAUCUUCUCCAUCGGCUUAUCCCUUUCGAUUUCAUCCUUUUCUUUAUUCCAAAUAUAAAUAAUCAAUCCUAUCUUCAUCCUCAUCUUCAAAUCAUCUGUUUUGAAUCAGUCUUUGUUCAAUUUUCCCCAAGUUUCCUAUCACCAUGUCUGAACAACUGUCGCCGGAGCAAAUAAAACUCAUCGACAAAUUCAAUCUGUUCAAGAUCAAAGGCAGAGAUAAGCGCGGUCGUAAGAUCUUAAGAAUCAUAGGAAAACACUUUCCAGCGAGGAGUUUGAGUGUUGACGUGUUGAAGAAGUAUUUGGAAGUGAAGAUUUUCCCCAAAUUGGAGAGACCUUUUGUCGUUGUUUACGUUCACACCGAUGUUAAUAAGAGUGAGAAUUUUCCUGGAAUAUCUUCUCUCCGAUCUGUUUACGAUGGGAUUCCGGUCAACGUUAAGCAGAAUCUGGAGGCGGUUUACUUUGUUCAUCCAGAUCUGCAGUCCAGAAUUUUUCUCGCCACUUUUGGCCGAUUCAUCUUUACCGGAGGGUUAUAUGCAAAGCUGAAAUACGUGAGCAGAUUAGGAUAUUUGUGGGAGCAUGUAAAAAGGAACGAGAUUGAGAUCCCAGAAUUUGUGUACGAUCAUGAUGAGGAUCUUGAGUACCGUCCGAUGAUGGAUUAUGGUUUAGAGAGUGACCACCCUAGAGUUUAUGGUGCGCCCGCGGUUGAUUCCUCUGUGGCUAUGUAUUCAAUGAGGUGUAUCUCGUAGUAUAGAACUGUGAAAAUACAAAACAUGUGAACUUUCAAGAAAUCAAAAAGCAAGUCAAAAGUUUGACUCUGUAUUUGCUUGCUUAAAUGUUAUUUUCUUGUAUAUCGUUGAUAAUAGAAUAGAGAAUGGGAUAUUAAUCUCCAAUAUGAAUGCCGUUAUGGUCUUUGUUUCUA